UUUCCACUAGUUACCACAGACCAGCCCACAGUCAACAGUCAACAUUGGCAAGAUCGUAAAAAUUCAUGAAAACCAACAUUUACUUUUUGGCCUUCAUUUAAUGUUAGGCAUAAUGUUAGCAGUGUGGCUAUAUUAUAUCUAUAAAGCAUGUUUAACGGUAAUGUUUUGAAGUAAAAAUAGGUAUUUAUUUGAUUGUGUAUACUUAGCYUUAAGCGCUAUGGCAGCACGCUAAGCUUUUUUUUUUUGUUAUAAUAUUUACCUAACGUUACCUAGCUAGUUUUGCAAACGUUAACUUAGCUAGCGUCUAGUCAGUGUUUGCGAUAGAAAAUGGCCUUAACGAAGACUGACGAUUACAUUUUCAUUUACCGGAGAAUUACUUUUGAUGCAACCGUAGCAAAUGUGUUUUUCUAGCUAGCUCCUUGUUCUAUCUUUUCCCAUAAUGUACAGCAACUGCCAUUACUGCAGCAGCGAAAAACAGGAAACAGUCAUUUUCAGAAGGUCCUGCUAUUUGACCCCGCGCAAGAGAAAAGCCCAUUGGACAAGUUCAGGGAAAUACAUUGCUGCUACACAGCGACCUGAUGGAACCUGGAGGAAGCCUCGUAGAGUGAAGGAUGGUUAUACCCCUCAGGAAGAGGUCCCUGUCUACGAGAAUAAAUUUGUUAAGUUCUUCAAGGGCAAGCCCGAUCUGCCACCGGGUAUGAGCCCCAGCAAUGCGGCCCAGGCAAGGCAGCAGCAGGGGAUCCCCGGCAUUGCAGAGAAUGAGACAGCUGGGCUCUCCAAGACAGCCAAGCGAAACAUGAAACGCAAGGAAAAGCGCAAGCAGCAAGGCCCGGAUAGCAAUGUGGAUACACUAACAAAUGCUGUUGAGACUAUGACGUUUGCAGAGGACGGUGACAGUGUGACGCCUGCAUCUAACCCAGCUGGAGCUACUAAUGACACUUCAUCUGCAACAGCAGAGAAGGCCAAGAAGAUCAAGAACAUAAAAAAGAAGCUGAGGCAGGUUGAGGAGCUGCAGCAGAAACUGGACUGUGGGGAAAUCAAGCAAGCUACAAAAGAGCAGCAGGAGAAGCUUGGAAGGGCCAAAGCCUUACAGGUUGAGUUACUGCAGCUUGAGGAGGAUUCAUGAGAUUGAAAAUGUUGUAAAAAGUGCAGCAGACCAGUUGUGGAAGUUAGACUGUUCAAAAAUACAAACACCCAGUUCUAAAAGAAAUUGACAUUUACAGCUGCGUUGAUGAGCUUCCCUUGAACAUUUUCUGGAUAUUUGUUAUUAUCAGACAGCCAAUGAACAUGAACUUUGGCUUUUGGAAUAUCAAGUGUACAUAAACCCAACACUUCACGUGUUAUGUUGUUGACAAUAAGUGAUCAUGCUUUUCCCACACUUUGUCCAAAACCAAUUACCAAACAACAAUGAGCCAGCCAGGUUUUUUCUCUUCAUUUAAAAUGUACUUUUAAAACAAUUGAACUGAUUCCCUAUGCUUGGCUAUGA